CUAACAGAGAGGGAAGUAAUGAUGGAAAGGGAGGAGACUAAAUGGGUUUGGUCUCUUUUUUUUUCAUACACUCACAUGAGCAUUCUGAACUUGGAAAGUUAAGUGUGUAACGGGUGAAGAGCACAGAGGGAGAAGAAACAAACACAGAGACAUACGCAUUCAGGAACUCAACUACAAACAGGCACCAUGCUGAUCCUACUUGCUGGUAUUUUCCUCCUUCACAUUGCUACAGUCGUCCUCCUGCUCGCUGCCACCAUCGAGAAUGCCUGGUGGACUACUGGCUUGAUGUCCACUGAUAUUUGGGCUCGCUGGCUUUGGAACAAUUCUCAAUGGAAUUCUUUGGAACUUCCAAGCCACUAUCCGCAAAGUUACCUCCAGGCAGUGCAGGCAUCCUCUGUAUUAGCGUGUGUGUUCUCAGGCAUUGGUUUGUUCGUGUUCCUCGCUCAGCUCUUCACACUGCCCAAAGGAAAACGAUUCAUCUUGUCUGGAGCGUUCCAGCUGCUGGCCUGUCUGUGUAUUAUGAUCGCUGCCUCUAUCUACACUAAUAUUUUCCACCAGAACGAGACUGGAUGGCACGGGCCGAGUUUCAUCAUCGCCUGGCUCGCCUUUGCUCUCACCUUCAUCUCCUGCAUCAUCUACUUUGUCCUGCGCAAGAAAACAACCUGAGGAGCACACACACACACACACACACACACACACACACACACACACACACACACACACACACACACACACAUCUAAACACCCCUACACACCCCAACAUACUCCUGUACACUACUAACACCCACACACCAUCACCCCCCCUACACACACACACACACACCCUGAUCAGGUACUCAUAACUCUAUUGUGGAAGAUAAGAAAUUAUUUUACAUUUAAAAAUCACUCGCAUGCAUUAAUUACAGAUAGAAUUAAUCCAUAAGCCAGAAAGCGG